AUGUUUGAUGAGCAUCAACGGCAGCUUCCAUGGUGGAAACUCAUCGUAUUAGAUGAUGCCUACCGUGAACGCAUAACAAAACUCACAACUGAACGUUAUCGUGAGGAGAUGUAUACAUUGCAAAACUUCCCAGAGAGACUUGCACCUGCGGCGUGGGAUGAUGGAACGCCUAUAUUUUCAUCCUCACAGUAUAUUUCUCUGGAAGAUGAUGAUAUUCCAUGGGCCACCAAACAUCCAAAUUCUCUUAUUAAAGUUUCUGCCUUUCGUACAUUACGUACAACAGCUAUUUGUACCACUUUAGUUUCUGGUAAAAAUGAGGAAGAGGAAGCGGAGCAAAUCCUUCAUAAAGUUCGACAGCUUUAUGAUGAUGAGAAGCCAAAUAAUCGUCUCUAUGGUUUAUCCUAUAUAUGGAAUAGACAACUCCCACCAGAAGGAUAUAUUCGACUUUGGCCUAAUCCAGCAAAGGCCAUGUGGCCAUCUAUAUUAGACUCAGAAGAGACCGUCACUCGCAAUGAUGUGAAUGGCACCAUCGCCGCAGCCACAAGGGGAGAAGGAAAUGUUACCAUUCCACGUGAUAUGAAUCCCGCAUGUUUAAAAGAUCCACUAUGUGUACAGGUAUUUCGAAAAAGUAUACCAAAUAAUAGUAAUAGUAAUAAUAAUAAUAAUAAUAGAGAAGUUCAAGGAAAGUACCUUGGAGCAUGGCGACAGAGUUUACUUUUUAUUCGUUAUAAAGUUGUUUGUUGGGCCCUACAUGAAGAGGAGCGAAGACGUACGAGUGGAGUUGUGGGUCGUCCAGUAUUAGCAUCCGAUAAAGCCCAUGCGGAUAUGGCUUCUACUUCUAUCACUUCUACUAUUAAUACUAAUACUAAUAAUAAUAAUACUAAUAAUGCUAAUAAUGCUACUACUACUACUACUACUACUACUACUACUACUACUAAUUCUAAUAAUAAUACUUCAGUCCAUCAUGAUGCGAUUCUUAAGCAUGUACCCAAAUUCUCACUUCCAUUAUUGCAAUUACAACGUGAUAAUGCCAUCACAAAAUUUAGUUCACGAACAUGUCGUGUUCAACUUAGUAGUAUUAUGCCCCCAGUAACAUGGGAAGGUAUUACACCUUCUCCAUCUUCACAGCAAUCAGAUCGUUCUUAUCAGAAUUGGAAUUUACUACAUCGUAAUUCCACACUCACUCGUCAAGCUGUACGGGAUGUAUUUAAUUUACUUCCAAAAAAUGAAGAAGGAUUACUUACCAAAACAACAUAUGUGGAAUUUGUACUUAAUUUAUUAAAUCUCUUUUUCCCUACACGAUAUGCCGCAACUAGUAUUGACAUAGCAGAGGAAGAAUGGGUAUACCGUGGAACGACGGAAUUGGUAAACUUUGAAACUUUCUUUGAGCGAUUUUUUACAUUUCCAUUUAUUUUUCUCCGUGAUUUAAAUACCGUUUCUGUACAGGAGUAUGUAGAAGUUUGGUGUUUAAUCCGAGUAUGUCUAUUAGAAGAUAGUGAGAGUAUUCUAACAAGUGCUCAACAUCAUUCAAGAGUGAGUUCAUCCGAUACAACUUCCCAAACAACACAAACUUCCUUAACGAGACGACCGAUCUUUAGUGCCUCUCUUCGUUGUUGUAGUCGUCGAGGAAAAAGAGGUUCGGGUUUCUUACAAGCCACUUUACAAUGUGUACAGAAAUUACGAGAUACAUUUGUUCAAGCUCCACCACCGCUUAUUUCUGAGAUUAGUGGUAUUUCACAUGCGGAGAUUAUUCGUUUAGGGAUGAAAAACUUUAAGAAUACGGAUAAUUAUUUACUUUAUAAUGCUAUGCGGAAAGUGGAAAUGGAAUCUGCGGAAACCCUCCGUUUUGUCCCACCCUCCCAUUUAUUUCCCAUUAUUUAUAAAAAAGGACAACAAUUACUUCUACAAGAAGAAAAUACGAAACUUCGAGAUCAAUUAGAGACAUCCUUUGGAACUCACAUAUGGAAUAAUAAAGAUUCCUCUUUAUAUACAGAAACAAAUGGAAGAUCAUCACCUACCUUUGAUUCCUUACAGGCUGUUGCUAAAGCUGCUGUCGCAUUGGUAGAAGCUCAAACAAAAGCAAAUGAAAGUAUGAAUGAACGAUUAGAAGCAUUGGAGCGAAUUGAAAAAGAACAACGACAUAAACGAUUGAUUGAAAGUUCUAUGCUUUAUCAAGAGAAACGUUUAAAGAGGCAUAAAGAACAUGCAAUGAUAUUAACACAACUUGCUAGAAGCCAUAGUUCUUGGGAGUUUUACCAACGAGAAGUAUAUGAAUUACCACGAGAAACAAAAGAUGAAGAAGAUGCUUUAAUUGCUUUUAUACAAGAUGUUCCUGAUGAUUUCUUUGAUGAUAGAUAUCCUUUACGUGUACGAUAUGGUGUACAUGUGGCUCGACUUCGUGCUCUUGCGGAACGUUCACGUGGAAUGAAAGAUCUUCAAUUAACCGCCAGUAGCACUAAUAAUAAUAAUAAUAAUAAUAAUAAUAAUAAUAAUAAUAAUAAUAAUAGUAAUAAUAAUACUAAUAAUACCACGAUGGAUAAUACAAUGAGUAGAUCUUCUCCAGAUCGCAAUACUGUAUCUGUGCCUUUACCCAAUCCCACUGCAUUAGUCUCACCCGAUGAUGAUUACAUGACUCUUUUAUCUGUUGGUGGAGUGGAUCUUUUCUCUUCCCGUGGACCUUUACCGGGUGUGAGUAGUCCAGGACCAUCCCGAUCACGAUUAGCCCAUCGUGGGCCUUCACCCGUCUCUAGUCAUUUCAAUUCCUCUGUACGAACCCGUACAAACACAAACAACACAACCCCAACAACAUUCACAAUAAUAGGAGGAGGAGAAAGAGGAAUAGGAGGAUCAUCAUCAUCAGCAGCAGCAGCAGCAGCGGCGGCAGUCCCUUCACUUCUUUCAUCUUUUAAGAAUUCUUUACCCUCUAUAUCUUCCUCACGCCUUCAAGGGCGAUGUUCACCUUCUACACGCUCAACGGCAGGGAUAAGGGAUCAUAAUGGUGUAAUGGAUGUGAGUGAAGAGGAAAGGGAGGAAUUAAAUACCAAACGAUCUCUGGAACUUCGCAUGCAAGUGAAAAGAGAUAUGGAUCUUCGUUACCGUAAGAUGUUACGAACAAUGCCACGUCGUCUUCAUCCACUUAUUAUUGGAACAGGAAGAAAAAGUAAAAAACAUAUUCCGACUGUUGAUACUCCUGCUACUGCGAGAUAG